GGCCCCUGAUGGCCACCCCUGGACAGCCGGAAGCACGAGGCCAACACGCCACACAAUCAGUGCUCGCUGGCUCCGCCCCCCUCGGUGGAUGCGAGGAAGGGAGAAGAAGAAAAAAAAGGGCCAUCAGCAGAGUGACAGACAACACAGCCUCUCCGCUGCGCGUAGUAGUGGAGCUCUUCUCUGCGAACGGAGGGACGGAGCCGAGUCGCAUGCUCGCCGUGCGCCGAGGCGAACUGGAGCAACAUGAACCUCCAGAACCGCGGCAGCAUCAUCCGGUGAGCACCGACUGGGUCUUUACGGGUCCUGUCAUAUCCUGGAGGACACAUGGUCAUGAAGAAAUAGAAGCAUCAGUUGAGGGCCCUUCAGCUGACCUGCGCUAAGUCCUGGCCGCGGGGCUUUGUUGUUGUUGUUGUUGUUGUUGGCGGUCCGGCUGAACAGGCGUGUAUGUGAGUAAUGAAGUCCAGUAUGAGGCAGUGGCGGAGGAUAGUGCUGGUGGGAAUGCUGGCCUGGGUUCUCCUCUUCCUCGGCCUCUUCUCUUACUUCCUGGACGCUCGCGUGAACGAGCCGCUGACAUCCGUCGGCUCUUUACUCUCCCAGCACCCGGACACCCGGCGGCUUACCUCCAUACAGGCCUCCCACCAACAGCAUGCCCGACCUGAACUGGCUUCCACCUUGACUACAACCUACCCCAGAGACGAGCCGGAGCCCUCUGCCGGCUCCACGACCCCAGAGCUCAGCCCGGGUGUGAGCCACAGCCCGAACAGUGCUCCCGACGCCGUUUAUGGCAGCCGUGAGACCAGCCACCAGGACUACCUGGACCCACAGAGCCUGGCUGCCUGGUCGUCCUUUGGAACAGAAAAUGUGGGUUCUCACUCCAACCCUUCAGUCCAGAGUCGUGAGAGAACUUCCCACAUAGAGUACCAGAACCACAUCAGCAACACACGCUACCACGGUGGUGAGGAAGAAGAUGAGAGGGGCAAUGGAGAAGAAGAAGAAGAAAUCGAAGAAGAGCAAGUACUAGGAAACAGAAUAAGGACUGCAGCGGGCAGGAGGGUCGGUAGUGAUCUGGAGGAAUAUCACUUCUCCAAGUCGCCCUCUGUCGUGCAGCGGUUGUGGCGGGGUCGCGUGUCCGCCGGCAUGCUGAGUCUUCGACUGCAGGGCGCCAUGAAGGACUACGUCAGCGCCAACAAACACCACGUUCUCUACACCGGGGAUCGCAGGGCCGCCCAGAGUGCCAAGGAGGUGCUGUGUCAAAUGAAAGCCCAGGCCCGGCUCAUGACGGUGGACGGGUCGGAGCAGCCCUUUUCCUCACUCGGUUGGGCUCGUCUCGUGCCGCCUCGGCCCCUUAAUCGCCUGCAUGGCCGGCCGGACCAGAGCAGCUUCAAGACCUGCGCCGUGGUCACGUCGGCCGGCGCCAUCCUGCGCUCGGGACUGGGGAAAGAGAUCGAUAAUCAUGAUGCAGUCUUACGGUUCAACGCGGCGCCCACGGCGGGAUACGAGCGAGACGUGGGGAACAAAACCACCAUCCGCGUCAUCAACUCGCAGAUUUUGGCCAAUGCUAAGCAUCGAUUCAACACAAGCUCAAUCUACAAGAAUGUGACCCUGGUGGCCUGGGAUCCUGCUCCGUACACCGUCAACUUACACAAGUGGUAUGACAGUCCGGAAUACAACCUGUUUGGCCCGUACAUUGAGCACCGCAAGCUCCAUCCCAGCCAACCCUUCUACAUCCUUCACCCGAGCUAUGUGUGGCGACUCUGGGAUGUGAUCCAGGGCAACACUCAGGAGAAUAUCCAGCCCAACCCUCCCUCGUCUGGCUUCAUCGGGAUUCUCCUGAUGAUGGCGCUCUGUGAGCAGGUGCACGUGUACGAGUACAUUCCCUCCAUGAGGCAGACGGACCUGUGCCACUACCACGAGCGUUAUUAUGAUGCUGCCUGUACACUGGGUGCCUACCAUCCCCUCCUGUAUGAGAAGAGCCUGAUCCAGAGGAUGAACACGGGCCCCGAGAGUGACCUCAGGAGGAAGGGUCGGGUCACUCUUCCGGGCCUCAGCACCCUCAAAUGUGACGUCUGAGAUAUGAAACCAGAUCCUGAAAACACACACACUUUUGCCUCUUCUGGCUGACUCAAGGAGAGGUGCAAUAAAGCCACUGGAGACGAGGAGGCUGGAGCUUACAUGUUUCAAAUUAGACCCAUGAAGAGCAUAAGCCAGAGCCCUCCAGGGAGGGAUCAACAUGGAGGCUUUUGAAAUAACUUUACUAGACCGGAGACCGGCAGUGAAGUCUCCACGAUGGAGCUGAACAAGACAUCCUCUCUGCUUUAGCUGAGCCAGGUUAGCUGUGGAGCUGACUAGGGUAGCAACAGAUACGUGUUUUAAGAUAGUGAAUUUUCAAUAACUGGGUGUCUCAGUGGUGUUAACAGUGUUUAAAAAAAAUAAUAGUUCGGGUGGUUCUCCACUCAAAGGAAAUGCCACUGUUCAUGAUGGAGAUUUUUUUGUUUUGUUUUUUACUGGUCCAAAGGGUUGUGAAUAAGAAAAUAAGUCCUCCACGCUGAAUGUCGUAAACGCAACAACACACACACACACACACACACACACACACACACGAACAUCUUGGAGAAAUACUCCCCAGUGUAGAACAUAGUGUCCACAGAAACGACGUUGAGCUGUCGCAGCACUCGUGUAACUGUACAUUUCAUCUCCCUCGAGCAGGUGUUCCCUUAUCGACAUUCCUCUGAUAUAAUCUUGUUAAAUCAAUCACAAGUUGUUUCCGUGUUGUUGCGGGGGGGUGGCAGAGGGGGGGGGGGGGCAUUUGUUACUACCGAUGUCUUUGAGCUGAAUACUAAAUUACUUUCCGCUGCAUGCCAGUUUCCCAGUCUGUCGCUCCUUGUUCACACAUUUUUAGGAUGAUUUCUCGUCGAGCGUCAAGGAGCCCGUCUCUCAGUUAAUCGCCCACAUAAAGAAACACACUGGUUGACUUUUUUUGGAUUCAUCAGAGCUAAAGUAACUUUUUUUGGGGGGUUGUUUUACUGACAUUGUGAUUUUAAAUAAAAACAAAUGGGGGCCAACAUGCGAGGAACAGCCGUCGCCCUGUGCCUGUUGGUCGACUGAACACUU